CCGCCCCAAACCCGCCUCCGCCCCGGCUCCACGUGGGUCCAGUGGCGCCCGGCUUCCAGCCCCACCGGCCGGCCGACCAUGGACGAGCCGCCCGCGGAUGUGCGCGCCUUCCUGCGCGAGCACCCGAGCCUGCGGCUGGAGCCCGGCGCCUGCAAGGUGAGGUGCGCUCUGACGGGCCACGAACUGCCAUGUCGCCUGCCCGAGCUCCAAGUCUACACCAGCGGCAAGAGGUACCGGCGGCUGGUCCGCGCCUCCCCGGCCUUUGACUACGCCGAGUUCGAGCCGCACAUCGUACCCAGCACCAAGAACCCGCACCAGUUGUUCUGCAAACUCACCCUGCGGCACAUCAACAGAUCCCCAGAGCACGUGCUGAGGCAUACACAGGGCCGGCGGUACCAGAAAGCCCUGCGUAAAUGCUGGCAUGGCUUCCAGGCGACACUGCAGCUCAGCCCCGUGCCCUCGGUGCCCUCCCAGCCGCUGCUUCCUGGAGCCUGCCUGGGGCCGGAGGACGGUGCUCCAAGCCCAGUCGACCUGCACCGUCGUCUUGCCCCUUGGCCCACACCCCUGCUGGCCGCCUUCCUCCCCUGGGCAGCCUUCUGGGAACCCGAGUCCAGCGAUGAGGAUGGCGCAGCCCCGAGCGGCAGUGACGACAGCAUGACAGACCUGUACCCACCCGAGCUGUUCACUGAAAAGGACCUGGGAAGGACUGAGCACAGGGACAGCCCUGAUGCCUUUCUGACAGAUGAGGACGGGAAGCCAAAGCAUCCAAGAGAACAGGGCCCUGGGGAUGGAGAGGAGAUGGAAGUAGACCGCAAGAUGGCCCGCAAGCGUGGAAAGAAGCAGUUGGGCUCAUCAAAGAAGAGGCUCGGAAGUCAUCACCGCAAACCUAAGCGCUUCCGGUCUUUUAAGCAGGCGGGUUAAUAAACGAUUGCUGGAGAAAAACGUCUUGAAAGCCUUUCGAGAAUCCUUCAGGCCAUUUCACCUCGCGCUCCUCGACGAGUCCCCCACACGCGUCCUCCCAACUGCUGGGGUGGCCCAGGGCCUUCUCCAUCCACUCAUUUCUCCAUUCCUGAAGGCAGGGCUGGGAAUCUGUCCCACAGAUGUCGGGGUCCCAUCCCCCACAUCCAGGAAACAGCAGGGAUCCUGAGAAGAAUUCUGUCUGGAUGUGGCUUCUGAGAAGUCCUCA